AUGGUUGCAAAACUAAGGACGCUUACAGGCUGCUUGCAAUGCCGCAGACGACGUAAGAAGUGUGACGAGAAUAAACCCGCGUGUGUUGGGUGCAGAAGAAACGGACUAUCUUGUCAAUGGCAAGGCGCCGAUCACGUAGACAGGCGGUGUCUACAACAUCGAAGAGCUGUGCGUAAAAGUCGGUCCUCACUCUCGCCCUCACCCUCGCCCGUGCCGAAAAAUGAACUUAUUGUUCAUGAUGAUCGGAAUUGCAUGCCGACUGGAAUCAACUUUUUCCACCACGUUCUCAAUGAACGAGACGCUAUGUUAGUGGAGUAUUGCUUAUUCUCGUUUCUGCCUUCUCAGUAUCAUCAAGCUGCAGAUGGCAAACCCACGAUUGACUUAUCGUAUUUGCGAUAUUUGUGUUUGGAAUCACACCUUUUGCUGAAUGCCGUAUCUGCGUGCGCUAUGGUUGGAUCCAAGUCUGCAAUAGUACUGGAUCAUUCACGCGAAUCAUCUCAUAAAUUGUACAUGGCUGCUAUAUCGGAGAUAUCAGCGGGUAUCGCUAAGGGAACCCUGACUGGCACGGAAGAUUCUCUUCUGGCGACGGUUAUAUGGCUUUGCGUGUAUGAAAAUUCGAGAGUCGAGGCCCGAAGACAGAGUUCCAUCCAUGCUGCGGCACUGCGCAGAAUUCUCCUUCUACGCGAACCAAUGGACUACAAGCAUGCUUCCAUGUCGGAACUGAUUUGGGAACGCAUGUGUGUUGAGUCCUAUAUUUAUCACAGUGCAGUCACGACAUUGUUCGAAGGUGAGCCGAAUUUGAUAGAAGAUACACUGAUGGUGUUAAAGAAGUUUGGCAGCCGUAUGUCAGCUACACGACCAGAUAUCGAUCUCCUUCAAACGGCGGCAAUAGAGGAUAGUCUAACACCACAGUCUAUUAUGCAAUCACCCGUUCUUGGAGCCCCCUAUCAUAUGUUCCUAUUUCUCAUGGAAGGGACUCGACUUGCUCGGGAAAUUACUGAGGGGUCUGCAACAGACGAAAUACUAGCGUGGUCACGUUACUAUGAGGUUCGCAAUAUGCAGUUUACUCUCGAGGAAACGGCUAGCAACUAUUACGGUGACUCCCGCAGAUGGAUUGGGAAGUUAUAUGCCGUCGGUAUUCAACUUUUAUUUCUCUACAUUAUUUCAGCUUCAAGGCAUGUGAUUGACGAAAGCCUUGAAUCCGAUCUGUCCUGGUAUACGGAAUUCGAUUCAACCCUCAACGAAGCCCGACAACUUUUGAUAACAAUUGGAGACGAUAUUGACAGGACCUCGGGUAAAUUCUUCUUGUGGCCUCUUGCGAUCAUAGGCGCGGUGCUGUCUGACGCGAAUGACCUCUCGCUAAUAAGAAGCUGGCUGGAUCGGGUCAUUCGCAAGAGCAAUAGUAGUAGUGUUCUUGUUAUCAGAAAGGUUCUCGAAGAACAGAUCUGGCCUAGGAAGCAUAACAUCGAUGAUGUGAAUGAUGUUCAUCAAGGUUGUUCGCGAGGUCUGGCAAUUAUGCUAGACACCGAGAUUAUGAAUAAAGCCGCCGGGGCUUUGAUCGAUCAGAUACCAUAA